CUUUACCUGCUCUACAUUCUCUUUUUUUGUCUUGAGAGAAAGAGAGAGAGAGAUGGAAUAUUUUCUUCAGUUAUAUAAUCUUGUCCUAUCAACUUCGGUUGUUUUUGUGUUGUUUGUUUUGUGGAGAGUGUCGUUCAGGUGUUGGAUUUCGCCUGCGAGAGCUUAUCAGAAGCUCAAGAGAAAUGGGUUCAAAGGGCCUUCUCCGGUUUUCCCUCUUGGGAAUAUCAUGGACAUGAAAAAGGCCAUAGAAGAGGGCUCUCGUUCUGUGAAUUCUAAUGAUGAAUCUUUGAACACCAUCACUCAUGACAUACACUCCACGGUCUUCCCCUACUAUUCUCGCUGGCAAAAAUCACAUGGGAAGGUGUUCGUGUAUUGGCUAGGCACAGAGCCAUUCUUGUAUAUUGCAGACCCUGAGUUUCUGAAGCAAAUGUCGAGUGGUGUAAUGGGGAAGAGUUGGGGAAAGCCCAGGGUGUUCAAGAACGACCGAGAACCCAUGUUCGGGAACGGACUGGUCAUGACCGAGGCUGACGAAUGGGUCCAUCACAGGCAUGUCAUCACCCCAGCUUUCUCUCCUGCCAACCUCAAGGGAAUGGCAAGCUUAAUGGUGGAAUCAGCCAACAAGAUGCUGGAGAGGUGGACAGCUCUCAUAAACUCCGGAAAGCCCGAAAUUGAUGUUGAGAGAGAGAUCAUAUCAACAGCUGGGGAGAUCAUAGCCAAGACCAGUUUUGGCAUUAGCCACGAAGAUGGCAAGAAAGUUCUCGAGAAACUGCGAACCAUGCAGGUCACUCUCUUCAAGACAAACCGUUUCGUGGGCGUGCCUUUCAACCAAUUCAUUGUCCCCAAACAAUCCCUAGAGGCAAAAAAACUGGGAAAAGAAAUCGACAACCUGCUACUGUCAAUCAUCAAUGAUCGCAAGACAGGCGUAGUGGCAAAUAACCAGAAGGACUUGCUUGGCUUGUUGCUCGAAGGGAACUCCGGAAAUGGAAAAGUAGGGAAGAGUUUGACGACCAGAGAGUUGGUGGACGAGUGCAAGACGUUCUUUUUCGCGGGUCAUGAGACGACAGCGUUGGCUCUGUCGUGGACGUUGCUGCUUUUGGCCAUGCAUCCCGAGUGGCAAGAUCAGCUCAGAGAUGAGAUCAAACAAGUGGUUGGUGAUAAAAAAGAGAUUGAUGCAACCAUGCUUGCCGGACUAAAGAAGAUGGGAUGGGUGAUGAAUGAAGCCCUGCGGCUGUAUAGCCCGGCACCGAAUGCGCAUAGACAAGUGCUAGAGGAUAUUAAGGUAUACGAUAUGGUGAUCCCUAAGAGAACAAACAUGUGGAUUGAUGUGGUGUCAAUGAACCAUGACCUCAGUCUGUGGGGGGACGACGUGAACCAAUUCAAGCCGGAGCGGUUCAAGGAGGACUCGCUCUAUGGCGGGUGCAAGCACAAGAUGGGGUUUCUGCCAUUUGGGUUCGGAGGGAGAAUGUGCAUCGGUCGGAAUUUGACCAUGAUGGAGUACAGGAUUGUCUUAACCCUAAUUCUCUCCAAGUUCUCCUUUGCUGUUUCACCAAACUACCGCCAUUCUCCUUCCAAUUUGCUCUCUCUUAGACCUUCCCAAGGCUUGCCACUCAUAGUCAAACCUCUUUAGGAUAGUCGGCAAUAAUACUUCUUUACGUUAAA